CAGGGUGGUUUUGCAAGAUGUUAUGAACUUUUAGAUCUCAAUUCCAACAAGAUAUAUGCUGGUAAAAUCAUCUCAAAAACCAGAAUAGCUAAACCACAUCAAAGACAAAAGAUUAUAAGAGAAGUAGAACUACAAAGAGAUCUUAAACAUCGUAAUGUGGUUGAAUUUCAUAGUUACUUUGAAGAUGAUGAAAAUGUGUAUAUUAUUUUAGAAAACUGCAGCAGAAAGUCCCUUGUACAUGUGAUUAAACAUAGAAAGACCUUAAGUGAACCAGAAGUGAGAUUUUAUAUAAGACAGCUAGUAGAAGGAGUCAAAUACACACAUAGUAAAUAUAUCAUACAUCGUGAUCUCAAACUAGGCAAUAUGUUACUGAAUGAACAGAUGGAACUCAAGAUAGCUGAUUUUGGCCUUGCUACUCGACUAGACUUUGAGGGAGAAAAGAAAAUGACAGUCUGUGGAACACCCAACUACAUUGCUCCAGAAGUUCUCUUAAAGAAAGGACAUAGUUUUGGUGCUGAUAUUUGGGCUAUAGGCUGUGUCAUGUAUGCCUUAUUAGUUGGUAGACCACCAUUUGAAACCUCCACAUUAAAAGAAACAUACCUACGUAUUAGUGAAAAUAUCUAUACAUUACCAAAUAGUCUUUCAACCAUUGCCAAAAAUCUCAUCAGAAAGUGUUUAUCACCUGAUCCAGAUCAACGCCCAAAUUUAGAUGACAUUGUUAAAGAUGACUUCUUUACUUGUGGUUAUCUGCCUAAAGUUCUUUCUCCUGCCUGUUGUUUUUCAAUUCCAAAAUUUCCUGUAUAUACCAAAUUUAAUAGCAUGUAUUUUUUGGGGGUAUUUGAAGACACCAUGUUUUAUAUUUUCAGACCUCUAUCUUAUGCUGAUAGUAAAAGUGAUGAAGUUAUGAAAUUAACUAGUGCCUUUAAUCAAAUACAGUUGGAGGGAGAUGUUGAGGUUCGUAAAGCAAUUUCAAGCAAUGAUGUUAUAGAUGGUAAGAGUAAUAGUAAAAAUGAUCCAAUUCAAUCAGUUAUCAAAGAAACUAUAGAAGAUGUUUUGAUAGAGAAAUCACCUUCUCAGAAACAAUGUAAACCUAGAUCUGCUGCUAGAAUGUUAGAAGUUUUAUCAACCUGUUUAGAGCAUAUGCCUAAGGAUGGUACUCAAGAUCCAACUGAAAUCAAUGAUAAAAAGAUGGUGUGGGUAACAAAAUGGGUGGACUACUCUAAUAAAUAUGGAUUUGGAUUUCAACUGUCGAAUAAUUCUAUGGGAGUAUUAUUUAAUGAUACAUCCAGAGUAUUAUUGUCACCAGAUGGAAGAUCUAUGCAGUAUUAUGAUUUAACUGGUAAAUUAUCAGCCUAUAAACAAGAUUAUGUACCAGAAGAUUUAAAUAAAAAAACCACCUUAUUGCAAUAUUUUGCUCGCUAUAUGGAUGAACAUUUAAUACAGGGAGGAAAUAUAGGUUAUCAGUUAUCAAAAGAACCCUGGUCAGGAAGUCUGUAUUUAAAGAAAUGGUUCCGUACAACUAAAGCUAUUGUUUUAUAUUUAAGUGAUGGAACUCUACAAGUGAAUUUUUUCGAUGACCACACCAAAAUUAUACUAAGUUAUUAUAAUAACGACUAUAUUGUUACUUAUAUAGACUCGGAUAGAUGUGCCAAAACAUUUAGUAUUGUCCAAAUAAUCCAAGAUGGCUGCAAGUCAGAUAUUACAGGACGCAUGUCUUUCGCCAAAACAAUGUUAAAAAAUUUAGUAGAUAUUGAGGGAGCUGAUCUCUGA